AUGCUUUUCCCGAUGGGCUGCGGAGGGAGUCGGGCGGACGCGAUCAUCGAGCCGAGGUACCACGAGAGCUGGACCAGGGAGACGGAGUCGACGUGGCUCACCAACACCGACAUAGAGACUCCUCUACCGGUGGCGAACAGUAAAGCUCUGGAGGCCGGUGUGAGAGAGAAGAGGACGGUGAACACAGGGACCCAGUGUGGGAAGCAGGGCCUCAACACCUCCGGCUCCAACCACCAGAGGAGACCCAGACGCUCCCUGAGUGAUCAAACUGCUCGUGACUCCAAGAGGAGGGCGUCAAAGGAGGCAAACGUUUUGUCUAAGGAUGGCCAGUCUGUCAACAUCAACAGCGGCGAAGACGCUGAACCCGGGAACGUGUGUGACGAAAGAUGAAGAAGAGCCGAGCUUCUGCGAGAGGAAAAGAUUGGCCCAAGCUGUGAGCAGUUUACCAAAAGAUGGGAGGGUUGGUUUUAACCGAUGUAUGCGGAUGACGUUUGCUAGAUCGUGACUGCUGAGCUCAGUGAUUUGCAACAAAAGCACCCACAUAUUGUCUCCAUCCAAAGAUCUCGGAUUGCUGCAUCUUUGCUGUGCCAUUGCGAAUGCAUGCGAGAAGCGGAGAGUGGUCCACAAACACUCUCACACCGUGCUUUUCUGCCAUGCUUAUGGUGCCCGGUCAGGGAACGCGUCACCAUGUGAAGCCAGUUUUACGAAAAGGAAAGAAAAAAAACACACAAGAGCGGGCCGUCCCAUAUGCACAUGAUAAUCACACUCUGCACAUCAAAUGUAUUCUGUGUGGGGCCUUCCUCAAGAAUUAGCUUCAGUUCUUUGUGCAAGUGUUUUCCUUUCUGCUGCGAAUGAAAAACAAAAGUGUGGGAGCCAAUGAUGACGAUGAUGUUUAACCUCAGUCAAUGCUGUAAAUGAUUUUCAUUUAGGACAACCUGAAGUGCUGUUUAAGAGUCUUGAAGCCUGAAGGCUAUUUUUUCCAGCCUUUGCAGGAUAAAGAAAACAAACACACCCGCAUGUGCCUACAAUUCAUUUUUAAUUUGAACCGCUCCUGUGUUCACUUUGAGAAGUUAUUUAUUUUCCAAACUUUGUUCAGUGCUGUAUUUUUCUUUUACUUCUUCUUUUUAUGUGGUAUUAUUUUACACUUUUUUUUAUUGUAACAAUGUGUCAUUUGUGUGGCUUAUACUGAUCUGCAUGUAUCAAUCGAUCAUAAAUUGAUUCUGCAUUGAUGACAAAUAAGUCUGUGCACAAAUAUAACAAUAACCAGUACACAUGAAAACAGUUCAGGAUGGCUCGCCAGGUUGUUUUGCAGCCACCAGGUGGCGCUUUUGACAAGCCGGGGGUCUUACUAAUGGA